UCACCGCGACAAAAUGACAUUUCAGCAUACAAAUACGGAUUUAUGCAAAAAAUAAAGAAAAUAAUACAAGAAUCCCUCGUUGAUUUAUUUUUGCAUAAUCUUUGGACAAUUAUCAUCUUAAACUAAUAUUAUGAAUGGAAUGUGUACAUUAUUGAGAAGAAAAAAUGUUACAUCGUCUAUUUCGCGGUCGCUUUACAUUCAAAGUAUAUCUACUUUUGGGAAUAAUUGCCAUUAUCGUAUGCGGCUAUUUACUCCCACAGUAUAAAAUAUAUCCCAUAGCACCCGUAACAUCACCCAGUUCUGCUCACUCACACGCUUCACGACAUAUAUCAAAAUUAGUGACGGUUGUGUUUCGACAAUUCGAAGAUUUUGAAAAUGAUAUCGCUGAAGGUGUACAAUCCUUUGUGUCAGCGUACCCGAAUAUUGCCAUAAUAGUAAUAUGUCAAAGAACGCAGUAUCCCCCCUUUCAAUUUUCCGGUACAAAUGAAACGUUGAAAAAUGUGAAAAUAUUAUCAAUGGAGCUUAAACUCAAUAGUUCUCCGCGAGAUUUGGAUCCACUUUCUUAUAUAUCUACCGAGUAUGUACUGAUAGUACCUGAUUCGUCGCGUGUGUCACGGCGGGUGUUCCAACAAAUGACCGUGGCGGCAACAACAUACCCAACUCAAGCUAUAGCCAUAGCAGUUGGUAACGCUCGUCUUAGUUGCCAGCAAAUUAAAUGGGCAUAUGACGACUGGACACUGCAAUACAGCAAAGAAUCUUCUAAAAAGCUUUGUGAUGCAGUGCAGGGACAGCACGCACUCAUGAUUAAAACCUCAGUAUUACACACCCUGCCGAAACCGUUUUCAUUCCCUUUCCCAGAGUCUUUAUAUUUGCAGACUGCAGUAAAAAAUGUUAAGGUACAAAUUUUGGAUAGUAAGUUUGCAGCUGGGCGGAGUGUUCUAAAGACUCCAGCAGCUAAGCAGAAGUCAUCAAAAAGAUUGAGGGACUAUCGGACAGCAUUGUACAAAGAUAUUGGUGUGAAAGCUGUUAUUAAGGAAGAUGGUAGAGUGCAGUGGUUUGGAUGUAAGAGGGAAACACAGCGCUGUUUCCCUCCAGUGCAACGUGUACCGUCAUACGUGGUGUCCGGUCGCAACACACCGCCUUGCUGUCGCAGGAACAUCCGCCGUACAACUGGUCACGUGUUGCGCGCUCUACUUCAGGCCGGAGCGAGAUGUUGGUUGGAGACAACCUCACUAUUAGGUGCUGUUGUCAAUGGGGAUUUACUACCAUGGGCGGAGUAUGCAGAAAUAGGGAUCCAUGCAUCAGAUCUGUCAAGAGUGUCGUGGCUGCAGAGAGGUGGCGCUGACAAUGAUGGUUUUGUUUGGGAACGGGCAACCAAAGGGCAUUACUACAGAGUAGCCUAUUCAGCAACAAAUAGAGUAUAUGUUCUUAUACUGCCAUUUACUGCCAAAAAUGGGACCAUGUGGCCGGCGGAUUGGGUCCUAUCACACCAACGGGACUUCCCGGAAAGACAUUUGCAUCCUCUAGCACAGAUUCAAUUUGUUGGACGUCAGGCUCCUGCUCCGAACGAUGCUCGCGCAUUUUUGGACCUCAAACUAGGUCCAAACGCUGUCGAAAGAAGCGAGAAGAUUGGGCCAAGACUUCUAUACCCAUAGUGUAAACUGUUUUCUUCAAUUCCUGCUUCGGGAACCAUGAUAUAUAUAAUAUAUUAUAAUACGUAUUAAUUCGUAAACAAAGUGGAUUAUGCAUUUACUUAAAUGUAUUUGUGAAUCCGUGACGCACAAACGCUUGGGAGUUUAGUGAAAUAGCGCCAUCUAUCGAAAUCGGGAUUAACUAAAUUGCUACAUUCUAAAAAUACUUUAAAUUAUCCAAAGUAUAUGUGAUUAUUACAUAGUUUUAGUAUUUGUAUCAAAAAAAUCUUUUCGGCUCAAUGUUCUGUGUUCAGUUAGUUCGAAAACGAUGAUCUCUUGCUCCUUUUGGAUGUAUAAAUGUCUAGUCAUUUGAAUUUGUGAUAGUCUUAGAUUUAAUUAUGUAAUAAAAAAGAUUUUCUCAUACGAAAUGUAUUUAGAUUGAGCAAUAAAAUCGAUUUAAAUAAAAAAAAAUAUCGACGCAAUACUCUUCAUAUACAAUUAUAUAAAAAGUAUUUUAAUGUCUUAAUUCUAGUCGUGUUUAUGAUAUUGAGUAAUGUAAGUUGCUUGGCCAUUACGAAUGGGAUUUGUUUUGUUUUGAGAGUUUAUCAAAUUUAAUUUAUUAGUGUAAACAAUUUUUUUUUCUGUACCUUCUCUAUGGUUGUAGCCAUGUUGUUUCUGCUUGUUUAUUCUUUAGAUGUUGUAAUCUACAUGCCUUUGAAACAAUAUGCUUUAGAUGAUAAGGCUCUUUAAAUAAUAAAUCAAUUCAAGUAUAA